UAUAUGUAAGUAGGUUUAUUUUUUUAAACCGGCACGUCAAACGUAUAUCUUCAUACUUCCGGACAAGACUGGUUGAUGCCGAUUACUGACCGUGAAACAACAGAGCUUCUGGGUAAACCGCACGCGCAAUGUGAGAAGCGCAGAAAGUGAGAUGUGCGACAGCUGGACGCUUUGCUUCAAUUUGGAGAAGAGUACCAGAUUCAUAUAAUUUCAUAUAUGGGCAAAACAACCAUGGCAAAUUAUGAUGUUCAUAGAAGAUUGGAAACAUAUGAGACUUCACAUAAAAGAGACUUUGUUUAUAGACCCAUCUUUUCUACUCCAGAAUUAAGACCAAAAACAUCUGUCCGGAUCUAUAAGAAUUCAUAUGCAUUGGAUGAUCCUGUGGGUACAACUCUGUACAGUGAAGACUUUUGUUGGAGGCCUGUUGCAAAGACCGCCUGCAUAAGGUCUGCCACAGCAUCUGGACACAGAAGAAACAACCCACACCCAAGCCAGGCAUUCAUGGUUUGGGGCUUUUCUCCCAAUCAAAUGAAAAGCCUUUCCGAUGGCAAACCUUUGAAUGAGCAGGACAUCCAAAACGCUCUGAGUGCGCAAUACAGGUCCACAUACAGAGUAGACUUUCUUGGAUUACCCCAAGGGAUGAUGAAGAACCACAUAAUUUGUGCACCUUCAAACCGGAGUCAUGCCGAUAAUUACUGUACCCAGACUGAAAUGAGACACAACUACUGCAAACCCAUAUUGAAAGCUGGGCUAUUGGUGAAGAAUUCUCGCUAUGGAUGUAACAAACUGCAUGGUGUAGCAGCGAGGGGUAUUGUCCCCACAGUUGUUCACAAAGACAUGAAUAACCAGAGAUACAGUAAACAGCAGACCACCUAUAAUAAGCAUUUUGGAAGCCAACAUACAGACGUAUCAUCAGUUUUCAGUUCCAUUCAGCCACAGAUGUUUCAACAGUUUUGUGAGCAUCUUGCAUCUGAGACAGAACAGAGAGAUGCAAAGACAUUGUUGCGCACAGCUAGCCCCUCUGCUCAGGAAUUGAGGAUGAAGAAAUCUGGUGUAUUCUUGCACCCCCCUCCCACUCUAGAGAGGAUGUCAGCCUGGCCUGGACCUUUAUAA